AUGACAUCAACUUAUAUACACGAAGUAAGGAAAAAACAGAAAGAAUAUUUAAGUUAUUUAUUUGAUAAAUUUGAAAAAUAUUCCAAUAGAAAUUUUUUAAAUAAUUUUUUAAAUAAGUCAAUAAAUGAAAUAGCUUUAUAUCCAUUUCAAGAUAUUAAUGAUACUGAAGUUUUAGCUGACAUUAAUGAUUAUAUAAAUGAAUUGACAAUUAAUGCACAAUAUAAAAAGAAAAGUAUUUUUAAACAUUUAUGCGAAAUUUUUCUUAGUAAUGAAUUUCAUAUUUAUGAUGAAAAAGAUAGAUAUGAAUUAAAAUAUGUCAUUUUAAGAUUAUUCUUUUUAAUAAGUGAAAGUUCAAGAAAUGAAAAUACAAAAGAAAUCGAUUUGCUAUAUAAUAAAUACUUCAUUAAACAGAAAGAAGAAGAAAGUAAAAUUCUAAAUAUAAAUGAACAAAAUGCCUUAGAAGAUAUAAAUAAUUUUAAUAUUAUAGAAGAAAAAAAAUAUUUGAACGAGCUUUAUAACACUGAUGACGAAAAUACUAGGUUUUCUUCCUUAGAAGAUGAAGAUGAAAUUGAUAAAGACGAAAAUAAGAAAGAAAAUAGAGAUUAUUUAAGUAAUGUAGACAUUGAAAUAACUAGUUAUAAAAAUGAAAUAGAAAAUAAUAAUAUAGAUAGUAAUUUUAAUAAUUUUUAUGAGACCAAAUAUAGUUAUAUAGAGAAUUAUAUGAAAAAUAAAAAUGAGAUAACUUAUGAAAAUGUUAUUAAAAAAAUAUACGAUUGCAUAUGCAAAUAUCCUCAUUAUGAAAACAUAAAAGAUAAAAUAAAAAGUAAAAAUAUUUUAUUAAGUAAUAGAGAUAUUAAUAAUAAUGUAUCAGUUAAGAAUCAUAAUAAUUAUAAAAAUGAAAACAUAUAUGAAAAUAAAAGUGGGGAUCAUAUGGAGGAUUCAAGUAUUAUGUCUGAUGAAGAUAUAUUUAUAAGUUUAAAAAAAAAACAAAAAAAGAGUAAAGAUAUGUUUUUUAAAUCUAAAUCAAGGGAACGAUAUUUUUUUAAUAAUAUUAAUAUAUUUGAUGAAGAGGAUUAUGAAAAUACUGAAAAUGAGGGAAAUCUAAUAUAUGAAACGGAUAUAUAUAAUUUGCAUAAUGUUUUCUUGGUAGAUAAAAAAGAUAAUAAGAAAAAUAAAGAAAAUAUUAGUAAUGAUAUGAAUAGCACCAAAAUAAAUAAAAUUGAUUGUCAUGAAUAUUAUUAUAAAGAAAAAAGAAUUAAUGAAACAUUAGAAGAAAAAAACAAGGAUGAUAAUAAACUAAUUGACAGCUCUUAUUAUAGCAAAAUAAUUGUUGAAGAAACUAACAAUAAAAAUAUGUUUAAAGGAAUAUAUACAACGGGAAAAGCAAGAAAUAAAAAAAAAAAUUCAUUUUUUGUGAGUGAAAUUUUUAUUAUAAAAGAAAUUUUAAUGAUUUUAUCUUUGAAUUGCCCUAUUAAAUUUAGAGACAAUUUUUUUACUAACUUUUCUAAUUUUUUAUUUAAUAGGAUAAUGGAUAAGAAUAAAAUAAAAGAUGAUUUUUUAUUUUAUAUAGAAAUAGAAAAGAAAAACAAAAAAAAUAACAAAAAAGAGAAUUCUAAUAAUAAAUACUAUGCUGUAAUAAAAAAAAUGAUGAAUGUUAAAUUAUAUAAUAUAGGAAGAAAAAGUUUUAAUAACUAUAUCAAAAAAAUGAAAAAAGUAUGUAUAAAAAUAUUUUAUAUCAAUAUAUUUUUCUUUUUAGCAAAUAAAUUUAGAAAUUUUUUUUUUUUUUUGUCUUCCAAUUUAAGUGACAUUUUUAAUUAUAUAAUAUAUUUCAGAGAAAAUAUCAAUGAUGAAAAAAAAAAAAAAAAUUUUUUCUUUUUUUUUGAUCAAAUUAACAUGAAUAAUGAGAGUGAAAACAAUAUGUAUUAUCAAGGAAAUUUUUUAGAAUCCUUUGUGAGUUCAUUAAAAAAUAUUUAUUUUGAAUGGAUAUGUGUAAUCGAUAUUUUAUAUAAUUAUCAUAUAUUACUAAUAUUAAAACAAUAUAACUUAGUACCAAUAUGUGAUGAACAAAUUUUCGAAUUUUUACAAAAAAUAAAAAAAAUAAAAGUUAUUGAUUAUUUAAAAUUAAGCCAUUUUGCUAAUUUAAAAAAAAAAAAAAAAAAAAAAGGAGAAAGGAAAAUAAAAUGUGAAGGAAUUUCUAGUUUUAGGUCAUUAAGUUUGAUUCAUCUAAAUUAUAUAAUAAAUAAUUACCUUUAUAUGUGGAAUAACUUGUAUGAUUUCAUUAAUUUGAUUUUAUCUUAUUUAUUAUAUAAUAUUAGCAUAAAUGAUUAUAUUUAUUUUAAUUAUAAUUUUGAUAAUGCUAAGAAAUUUUGUAUUUGCUAUGAUAUGGUUUUAUUAUACUGGAGAAAUUGCCAAAUUAUAAAUAACAAGUCUCUAGAAAAAAUUUUCCGAUUUUUACUGAAUGAUUUAAACAUAUAUUAUUCUAAGCAUAUAGAUAAUUGGAUAAAAAAAGGAAAAAUUGAUGAUAAAUUUAAUGAAUUUUUUAUCUUUUCCUCAAAAAUUGAAGGAAAACAUUGUAAUAGUCUUUUUAUUAGAAAGCAAAAUGAAUUCAUAUUAUGCCCUGAAUUUUUUAAUUCCUUUAUUUUUUUUUUAAUAAGUUUAGGAAAUAACAUUCGUUUAUAUAUGAAAAUUAAUAAUGAAAAAAAUAUAGAUUAUAUUGACUAUUAUUUAAAAGAAGAAAAAAAUAUAAAAUAUUUCGAAGAUGAAGAAAAUUUGAAGUUAUAUUCAUGUGAAAAUGAAGACAAUUCUAAUUUUGUUUUUUUUGAAGAAAAUGAAAUUACUUCAAAAAAGUUACAUGAAAAUACACUUAAUUACUAUUACAAUUUAGAGAACAUCAAAAAAAUUCAAAAUACUUCACUUGAUAUAAUAUCUAAAUUUUUAACAGAAAGUAGAAGUAAAAAUUUACCCUAUUUUAAUCAAAAUAUUAUGUUAUUAAACAUACCAUAUGAUUUAUAUAUUAAAAAGUAUUUUCAAGAGCACUUUUUUAAUUUUUAUGAAAAAAGUAAUCGUAUUUUUCUACAUAGUUUAAUGAAAUAUUGUUAUCUCUUAGAGUAUUUUUGUUGUUUGCGUAGUUUAGUUUUUCUAGAAAUAAGUGAUUAUAUUUUACCAUUUUUUGAAUUUGUUUUUAAGGAAGUUUCUUUUCCAUUUAUUGAUGAAAGGAAUAUUAACUCUUUAUUUAAGCAGUGUGUUUAUAGUAGUAAUCAAUAUUUUCAAAAAAAAAAUAGUGCAAAUUUUAAUUAUUCAUGUUCCUCUUUUUUACACAAAAAGUUUACAUUAAUUCAUAUGAAUAUAUUAUUGUCAAGGAGUAAAAAUUUUAAGCACAAAAAAAGAAGCAAAAGAAAAAAAAAUUUUAAUAUUGAAAAUUAUAGUAAUAUUAUAGAGAAAAAAAUAUAUCAUCCUUAUGAUAAUGGAAACAAUACAAACAAUUUAAAGAAAAAAAAAAAUAUUAAAGAAAUUAAUGAUAGUAAUUCGAAUAAUACUUCUGAUAGUUCAAAUGUAUCUAAUAUAGAUACAAAAAAAAAAAAAAUUAUAUAUUUUAAGGAUUAUAAUCCUUCUAAUACUUCAGUAAAUAAUAAUAAUGAUAGCGUUAUUAAGAAAUUAGAUAAUUCCUAUGAAAAAUCUGAAGAAGAAUCAAAUUAUAUUAUUAAAGAAUUUAAAAAAAAAGGUAAUGAUAAAUUUAAUGAUAUAAGCGAUAAAAAUUUAAGGAAGCACACUAUUUGUGUAGAAUUAAAUACUAGCUUUUACACGGAGGAAGUAAUAACAAAUAUAUUAAAAAGUUUUUAUUUUAAAUUAAAAGAAAAUAAAAUUUAUAAUAACAAAAUUAAUGUAAUUAAUUAUAGAAAUUUAAUUAUAGAAACAAAAACAUCACCUUUUAUGAAUUUUCUUAUUGAUUCUGCAUGUCUGGAAAAAUAUUCAGCUAUAUUUUCUUAUUUUCUAGAAAUUAAGAAAUCACUACAAAUAUUAAAUUUGGUUCAUAUAUUUUAUAAAUAUUUAAAAACUAAAAAAAAUUCAUGUUUCGAAAAUUUCCACACCAUUAUUUUUUCUUUAUAUAAUCUGAAAUAUAAAAUUUUUUUUUUUCUGAAUACUAUUUACACUUAUUAUCAAUGGAUGCUAAAUUUUUCGUGGAAUAAUUUUAUAUUCAACUUAUCAAAAUCUAAAUCAUUAGAUCAUAUAAAAAACAAUCAUCAAUUUUAUUUAAAUUUUUUAAUAGAAGUUUUAUUAGUACCUAUACUAACAGAUCAUGAAGAAUUAUAUAAUUUUUAUGUAAACGAAGAAUAUAAGAAUAAUACUAUUUAUAAGGAAUAUGAGAGAAUUUUUUUUAAUUAUACCUUAAAUAAAAAAGAAGAAAUCUCCGCUCCUGAUAAUGUUUCAUUUAAGAAAUUUAACUUAUGCAAUAAUUAUGAUAGAAAUAUAAUUAAAGAUGUGGAUAACUUAGGAAAAGGUUAUAAUACAAAAGAAGAUAUAUAUAUAGAUAAUAUGGAAAGGAAUCCUUAUAAAUUGCAUCAGUUUUCAAUUAAUAAGCAGUUUUUAUUAAAUGAAUUAUUUUCUAACAAUAUUUUAAAUUUGCUAUUUAUACCUUCUCAGAUAUAUGAAAUUUUAAUAAAACUAAGUAAAUUUUUGAAUAUUAAUUUUGACCUAAAUUUUGAUAAUCCAUAUGAUAAUGACUUUGACGAAGAUAAAAAAGACGAAGAAGAUGAAGAUGAAGAAGAAAUAAAAAAAGUAAAGAAUAACAUAAUAAAUAUGAAUAGUACUAAUGAUUCUAAGCAUAUAGAAAAAGAACAAUUUAUUUUUUCUAUAAAAAAUGAUAUAAAAAUACUUUCAAAGGUGUUCGAAAUUCAUUUUUCUGAGUUUAUGAUGAAGUUAAAUAUUAUUUCUUUUAAUACGGAAGAUAAUAACUUUUUUGGGCCACAUAAAGAUUCUAAAUUAUUUAAUCACAUAAUAAGAUUAGACAAAAAUAUUUUAAAAAAAGUUUCAAUUUUAGAAAAUAUGUUAUCUUUUCAUUCUUAUAAUGAUUUAAAUUAUCUUAGAAAUUGA